AUGGUGGAGAGGGGUUUGAAGCGUCGGGCGGCCGCGCAGUUGAUGAAGGAGAUUGUGGCGGAGUGCGUGGCCGAAGGCGCAGCGCGUACGGCUGCCACGAAGCGCGCCCGGAAGCAGCUGGCAGUCAAGCCGGCGCCGCUCUCGAAAGCGGAACAGGAGCGGCGCCAGGCCCAAGCGGAGUCGCGGGAGGAGGAGCGCCAGCGAGUGCGCGACCUGGCGCAGACGCGCCCUGAACUCUUCCCGAUGCGGUCGCCGCGCGAUCCCUCCGUCGCGGGCAUGAACCGGUUCGCGGAGGCGCGCCUGGCGGCGGCCGCCGGCGUGCCCUGCGAGGACCCCUUCAUGAAGGUCCAUCUCGUGUGCUCACCGAGGCGCGACGGCGACGCCACAACGCGCGCCGUUCGCGAAGUGCAGGCGGGCGCCGAGGAUUCCGAUGCAGAUUGCGAUGCCCUGUGGCUCGCGUGCGUCGCCCGGGCGGCCUUCGGCACGGAGCGCUUCGUCCGACGCCUCGGUCUCCAGCGCCCCGCUUCGUUCGAGCAGUUCGUGGAGGCGUGCGUGGGCGCGGCGGUCGCCGUGGCGGCCGAGGGCUUCCACGCGUGCACCGACGCCUACACGGCGGGCCGGCUCGGGUGGAAUGACGAGCGCGCCGCCUGGCGCAUGGGCGACGAUGCUGCCGCGGCCGAGUAUCUCCGCGAGAAGCACACCGCGGUGCGCUCUCGCAGCUGGCGGCGUCUCCUGGCGGCCGUCCGCGGCGGCCCUUUCAUGGGGCUGCAGCGUGCCCUGGAUCUCCUGGGCUCGCCCGUGCUCCCUGAGGCUGCGGUUGUCGGCUUGGACGAGUUCUGCCCGCUCGGCGACGGAGCGAUCCAGGGCUUGGGGCGCCUGUACAAGGAGUUCGCGGGCGAGAUGAGCAAGGUGCCCGCUGCGCAGGUCCAAGCACUCGCGCAGCCCUAUCUGCGCCGAUGCCGCGACGCCCUGAACGCAGGACUGACGGCGGACCACCCGCACAUCAAGCGAGAGUUGGGCCGGUGGUCGCUGAAGGACGCCGAGCACUGGCUGUGCGAGUGCAACAAGUACUGCCGCACGGUGCUCGGCGACGAGGGCUGCUGCCGGUCCCGGCUCAGGUGCCCGCGUGACAUUGGCACGCAGCUCGGCGGAGCGGGCGGCGACACGCGCGAGCGCCCCCGCUGA